CAUUGUGCGAAGCCACUCAAAGCUAGACGUUAAAACAGUCUCAAUAUUUAAAGCCGAAAGGUGAGCUGGACUAUGUACCAUUAGCGUUACAUGUCUUGCUAAGAUCAGCGGCCUUUGGAAGCUGCUUACGAAGACGUUUCCAGCGUCAUGUCUGCAGAGGAUUCCAUCCGAGAUUCGCAACUUGGCUUCAUUUCUACGAGGGAGGAUUUCACUUAUGGUGAUCUGGAUAGCCCCCAAGAGCCAGGAGGGGGAAAGAGCACAACACGAAGCAGCCUCCGUGCAAGAACACCAGAGCUGGACAUUUAUAGUCAUGGAGAAUUCACUGAUAUGAGAGGCAGCCCUCUCCUGAAGAUGCUGGUGGAGGCUGAAGCAGCGGCUAACUCUGCAGCCAUACAAGUUGUGUCUUUCAAAGAUGCCAUGGAGGAUGAAUUCAAUAGUUCAAGGCAGUCUGCUAGUGAUAAGCGUGAAAUUACAAGACAGAGAGGCCUUCUGCUUGAGAAGCUGGAGAAUUUCAAAUGGAUAAAUAAGUCUGUUCGACAAAAACUGAAGCAAGUGCAGGAAGCAGAGGUUGAUCGAAUUGGAACUGACAAACAAAUUAGUGUCCUGCUGAAGAAGAUGACACAAGCUGAAAGUGAAAAUGUUCAUUUAAAAAGAAAUUUGGCCGAGACAGAAAAAAGAGUUGAUGAACUGAUGGAUCUGCGGCAAAAGGAACAGGCAAACAUGGAGCGCACACUUCAGGUGACCAGGUCUGUGGAGGUCACGCGUGCUCACUUGCAAGGGCAGCUACGCAACAAGGAAGCUGACAACAAUCGUCUGGCUGUGCAACUGCGGACCCUGGACAGAACUCUGAGUGAGCAGAGGAUGGAGAUUGACAAUCUGAUAGCGGCUAUCUCAUCUCUCUCUGAGAAGGCAUCACAGGAGAAGGAAGCCCUCAAGAAGGCCGCCCGAGCCCAGAAAAAGAGAGCUGAGAGAUUUGAAGCUGCUGUAGAUAGAUGCUUCUCUCAGCUGAGAGAGAGGGAUGUUCAGCUGGCCGAUGCACAUUCUGAAAGGGACUCUUGGCGGAGACAACAGGAGCAGAUGACAGAGGAGAGGGUGCAAUUUGUUGUUCAGAUAGAACUACUGAAACACCAAGUAACAGACUUGACAGCAAGGUUGAAGUGGGAAAGAGAUGAAUCCGCUGCAACGAAUGAAAAUGUUAAGCAGAAUGUUGACACACUCAACACUGAAAAUGCCGAUCUUAACGUCAGUAAUGCAGCACUAAAGGCUUCUGUUGAGGAGUUGGAGAAACAGCUAGCUCAGUCUGAGGCAGCUCUGAUCGAGGAAAAAGCCAUCUCGUUGGAUAGGAAACACCAAGCCGAAAAGUACCAAAACCAGGUAUUGGAACUUCAAGCCGAGGUAGAUGGUCUCAGAAUAAAGUAUGAGAGUCUUUUAAAAGAGAUGGAGUAUGAGAAAGAUAGAAAAGAGGAAGUUUGCAUGGUCAAGUGGGAGCUCCAGGGGCGCUUGGAGGAACUGCAAGCUUACCCAGAGUUACUGAGAACAACCGAGCAGAGUCUCAUCGAGAGCCAGGACAACCUGCGACAGUCUGAGAGGAAGUGUUCAGAAAAGUCAGAGUCCAUUAGGCAACUGCAGGUUAAGAUGGACGGUCAAGCUAAGCAGCUCCAAGCAUCCGUGGAGAUGAAGGAGUUAAUUCAUGGGGCCAACACACAACUUCAGGAAAAAGUGAAUUCGCUCUUAAGGAAGAUGGAGGAGCUACAGCAGGAGAAUCUGGAGCUGGUUGGAAAGCUCGCAACCCAAGAAGAAUCUCUCAGCUACAGUAAUAAGCAUCUGGAUCAGCGCUCUACUGAGUGUCAGGCCCUCAACCGACAGCUAGAGACAGUUUUAUUGGAUGUUAAUCAGCAGGUUGCCAAAGUUAAAGAAAAAGCAGCCUCUAGAGACAGAGCUCUUCAAAACAAAGUUUUGGAGCUAGAAGCAGAGAAGAGCCGGAAGGAGACAGAGCUGAAGCUACUUAGACAGAGCAAAUUGUCUGCAGAGAAACAGUACGAGGUGCGUCUGAAGGAGUUGCGGCUCAGCCUGGACCAGUCGGAGAGCCACAAGCAAAGCAUUCAGAACUAUGUAGAUUUUCUCAAAAGCUCAUAUGCAACAAUGUUUGACGAGGGACUUCCACCGUCAAGUUUUGGAUCAUAUUUUCUAAAAUCACACUUUAAGGACUAAACUGUUUGUACGGUUUGAUAUAUACAGAUGAGCCUCUUUUUUUUUAAGUGAACCGUGUAUGUAAGAAUUCAUUUAUAUCACAUUAUAUAGACUGAAGGGAUCAAAUUUUACUUAUAAUUUUGGUAUAUCUGCAUUAUCCGCACUGAAAUGAACAUAUAUCUGUGCAGACAAUGAAGUGCGAUGAGUCUUGCCAUGUUGCGGCAUGCAUCCUGUAAUGCAGAUGAUCUGCCACUAACUGUUUUUGUUUCUUCAUGGCAGUUUCAUGUCAGGUUUGUACAUAAAAAAAAAUGCCACCAGGAAGAAUGAAUAGCACAUGUUUUAAUCCUCAAUGGUUUCAUUACCUGUUUUUACUCAUUUGCUGCAGUGUCUUUAUACGUCAGUGCAAAAUCUGAGUGGGUACUGUGAACUGUUGGUGGUUUUGUGCCUUAUGCCCACAAAAAUAAAUUGAAGUGGGGGGGGUUUUAACCUUUAAAUUGUCCAUAUUUCAAACCUAGCACAGAUGGAUAUUAAAAAAAAAGCUUAUAAUAUUUUCUAAUGGAGUCGUGUUCUGCGGGUCCCUGUGCCCCAGCCAAGCAUGGCAAAAUCAGCCAAUAUCAGUUGAUAUGGUGCUUUGUGCAAAAACGAGGGAUGCACUGAUUCAGCUUUGCCUCCCUAUGGCUGGCAACAAAUUCUCAUAACUCUUAUGUAAGCUGUACUCGGCACGUCCGAUGACAUGGGGUAUUUUUCUAGUCUGGGAAUAAACACCCACUGCAUUGAAACCCGGUUGAUCUGCAAACUUCCCAUGUGUUUGCAUGUUUACUGUUGGCUGAGAGUAUAUGGGUUCGGAGCUCAACAGUAAGACGGAAAGAUUUUAUUCUGCUGUUUUGAUUUUUAAGGGACGCCUUUC